GGCUAGGUUCUAUAUUUUUAAUUCCAUCUAGCUCAAAACACUGGCCAAGAAGACACAUCUAUGUGUAAUUACUUUCUAGCAAAGCCUGGUUCUUCAUUCACACUUAAAAUCUCACAUUACUUUUGCAGGCUGUGUGAAAUUUGUGGUGAGCAUGCCAAAAAUGUUACUGGUGUCGGAGAUAGCAGAUUUAUGGAAGAAUGGAAUGAACAAAGAUACACCCUUGGUGUUAGUAACUCACCAGAUAGAGGUGGGGGGUGUUGGCGAGGACAGCCAUUCUGUAACUUCCUGAUGGCUUGUCUGGUAAUAGCAUUUGUACUGCCAUGGUUCUUUCGUGUAAGUAUGUUCUAGUAGCGUGUGAAUCAGCCUUAACGUUUCUUCCGUGCAUCACCAUUUCAUGCCUGUUUCACACAGCUGGUGCAACAAUAGCAUUUGUGUACAUUUGAUGCAGUCAAUGAAGCUACUUAGAAGGCUGUUAUGUGGGGAAAAUGUCUGUUUAGACAUACUUUGAGUCAUCCUUCUUCAGCCUAAAGAGUAGACUUGAGGCUGCAGCUCUCAUAAGUUGCCAUCUCGAACAACUUCUAUUACUUUGUUGCAAUAGUUGUUACUGGUUUGAAUUAUUAUUUGGUUGCUCACCUUGUCAGCAUAUAUAGAGAUUAGAGGUUAGACCAGGAUUGAUCAGGCUACAUCAUGUUUUCACCUGUAUUGGAUCUAAAGUUGUCUCAGAACAUUUGGGAAUUCCCUUGCAGAUUCUGCCAAUACAUACUUUUACAUAACAAUAAAGAAAUCUUGGCACA